GGCGGGAUGGAGGAGCGCUACAGCAAGGCGGAGACCCUCGCCCUGCGGAGAAAGCACAUCGGGCCUUCCUGCAAAGUUUUCUUUGCCAAGGACCCUCUGAAGAUAGUGCGUGCUCAGGGCCAAUAUAUGUUUGAUGAGAAAGGAGAAAAAUACUUGGACUGUAUCAACAACGUUGCACAUGUUGGCCACAGUCAUCCGUAUGUGAUAAAGGCUGCAACAAAGCAGAUGGAACUUCUCAACACUAAUUCCCGGUUCCUGCAUGACAACCUUGUUCAGUACGCGCAGCGUCUCACUGCCACCCUGCCCGAGAAACUCUCUGUUUGCUAUUUUGUUAACUCUGGGUCUGAAGCAAAUGAUCUUGCUCUACGACUGGCUCGGCAGUACCACGGGUACCAAGACGUGAUCACCCUUGAAAAUGCUUACCAUGGCCAUGUUACAUCUCUGAUUGACAUCAGUCCCUAUAAAUUUAAUCAGCUGGGAAAGGACAGCAAGAAGGAGUAUGUGCAUGUGGCUCCUUCUCCAGAUAUCUACAGAGGGAAAUAUAGGGAAGACCACCCAGAUCCAGCAAGUGCUUAUGCCGAAGAGGUGAAAAAGAUUAUUGAAGAAGCACAGAGGAAUGGACGCAAGAUUGCUGCCUUCAUAGCCGAAUCCAUGCAGAGCUGUGGAGGCCAAGUAAUUCCACCUGUGGGCUAUUUCCAGAAAGUGGCAGAGUAUGUGCAUGCAGCGGGUGGAGUGUUCAUAGCUGAUGAGGUCCAGGUUGGCUUUGGCAGAGUUGGGAAACAUUUCUGGGCAUUCCAGCUACAAGGUGAAGACUUUGUGCCUGACAUUGUCACCAUGGGAAAGCCCAUUGGCAAUGGCCACCCUAUGUCUUGUGUGGUCACAACAAGAGAAAUCGCUGAAAGCUUUGGUGCCUCUGGACUGGAAUAUUUCAAUACAUUUGGAGGUAAUCCAGUGUCUUGUGCUAUUGGUUUGGCUGUGCUGGAUAUAAUAGAAAAAGAAGAUCUCCAAGGAAAUGCUACACGUGUAGGAAAUUAUCUCCUGGAGUUGCUGGCUGAGCAAAAGAAGAAACAUCCCUUAGUAGGAGAUAUCAGGGGUGUUGGCUUGUUUGUUGGAGUGGAUCUGGUGAAAGACCAACAAAUGCGAACACCAGCCACAGCUGAAGCCCUUCACCUUAUUUACAAGCUGAAAGAGCAUCACAUCCUUCUUAGUGCAGAUGGACCCCAUAGAAAUAUACUAAAAUUUAAACCACCAAUGUGUUUCACAAUGGAAGAUGCAAAACAUGCAGUGGAGACAAUUGAUGCACUUCUUACAGAAAUGGAAGAGGCAACUGGAAUGAAGACAGAAAAUAAUGCAUCUACAAAUUUACAGUGUAAAAGAAAAACAACUGAAGAGGGGUCUCAACCAGAAAGUACAAAUGAAAGCAUUGGCCAUAUGAAUGGAUCUGCCUGCAGACAAGAAAAUGGGCUUUAUUCUAAAAAACGCUCCGUGCCAAGUAAAAGAAUAAGAACAUGAACAGCAAAAGCUUCCUCAUUCAGUCUGAAUUUGUGUCCAGCUUGCUUUUGAGAUGAAGAGUGCAAUAGUCCAAGUCCUAGGAUCUAUCUGAAGCCUAGUCUUACCUUCCAUAAACUGGCUGAAUUCCUAUUAGCUUCAGUAGGAGUUUCAAAUACCUUUUCAGAUACAUGAGAAGUGCACCAUGUGGCUUGAAAUCUAGAUGUGACAAAAUGGACAAAUGAUACACAAAUACCUUGGUGCUGAUGGUAGGCUUGACAUAGGUAUACAAACUCAGUGA